UUUCAUUCAUUAUUAUUCCUAUACUCAAGGAUAUAGCCUUAUAGGUUGAUGAUUAGGUUCUCAACCAUCCUUCUUCUUCUUCUCCUAAGAAAAAAAAAACAGUUACAGUGAUUCAUGUGCGUCUUUCAUGAGUCUGCAAGCUAGUUAGAGAAAAGAUAAAUAUGGAUCUCUUGAGUUGUAUGAUAUGCCUUUGUUUUGCCUGGACCACCAUCCAAGCCUUGUAUUUCUUUGCAAGAAGAGGCAAAGAAAUUUCAAGAACUAGGCUUCCUCCAGGACCAAAGCCAUUUCCAUUGAUUGGGAAUCUGUUUGAGCUUGGAGACAAACCACAUGUCUCUCUUACCAAGCUUUCCCAACGCUAUGGCCCCAUUAAUAGUUUGCAACUAGGCCAAUUAACCACUGUUGUAGUUUCUUCGCCAACUCUAGCCAAAGAAAUCCUCCGAAUUCAUGACCAAGUCUUCUGCAACCGAACCCUUCCAGAUGCAAUCCACGCCUGCAAGCACGCCGACUACAGUUUGGCGUGGCUUCCUGUAUCAGCAAGAUGGAGGAAUCUUCGCACAAUAUUCAACUUGCAAUUGUUAGGCCCCAAAGUUCUUGAUGCCAACCACGCCAACCGGCGCGUAAAGGUGCAAAAGCUCAUGGAUGAUGUCAAUGAAAGCAUAAGGGCCGGUGAGGCAGUAGAUGUCGGAAGGGCUGCUUUUACAACCGCACUCAAUUUGUUGUCGCAGACUGUCUUCUCUGUGGAUUUAGCUGACCCGAGUUGCCAGACAGCUAGGGAGUUCAAGGAGACUUUUUGGGGUCUGAUGGAAGAGGUAGGGAAACCAAACUUGGUGGACUAUUUUCCUUUGCUAAGGAAGCUUGACCCACAAGGCAUAAACCAGCGCGCAACGAACUACUUCCGGAAGACGAUACUCAUCUUUGAUCGAAUGAUCCAUCAAAGGUUGGAAUCAAGAAAAGGGGGCAAUUAUAUCACAACUAAUGAUAUGUUGGAUACACUUUUAAACAUCAGUGAAGUGAAAAGAGAGGAUAUGGAUAUUCCGGAAACCCAACAUUUGUUUGUGGACCUGUUUGUUGCUGGCACAGAGACAACUUCAGCCACAGUGGAAUGGGCAAUGGCUGAGCUAUUAUGCAACCCAGAAGUCCUCUCCAAAGCUCAAGCGGAACUCAAUCAAGUGAUUGGAAAAGGCAAGCUAGUUGAGGAAUCAGACAUUGUUCGACUCCCUUACUUACAAGCAAUAAUCAAAGAAACAUUUCGGCUUCACCCAGUAUUUCCAUUUCUACUCCCCCGAAAAGCAGGAGCUAACACAGAAAUUGGAGGGUAUGUAAUCCCGAAGGAUGCACAAGUUCUAAUCAAUGUUUGGGCCAUAGGCAGAGACCCCCUUACUUGGGAAAACCCAAACUUGUUUAAGCCAGAGAGGUUCUUGGGAUUAGACAACCAAAUUGAUGUUACGGGAAAAAACUUUGAGCUUAUUCCAUUUGGUGGUGGGAGAAGAAUAUGUCCUGGACUACCACUGGCAAUAAGAAUGUUACACUUGAUGUUGGGUUCACUACUUAACAACUUUGACUGGAAGCUUGAAAAUGGAGUCUUCCCCGAUACUACGAACAUGGAAGAGAAGUUUGGCCUCACCUUACAAAAGGCUCAGCCUCUCAGAGCUGUGCCCAAGAAGUCAUAGAAGAGCAGCACCUAUUUAUUGGAUACUAAAAUUCAAAGGUCGUGAGUUUUAAGUCAUGCUUGUAAGAGUGGUAGAAUAAUGAUGUUUAAUUGUAAUGUAAAUUCAAUCCCAACCCACAAUAAGAGGGACUGGUGUAAAGAGA